CUAGUGCGAUAGAGUCGGGUUCUUUGCACUCAGAAAAUCUACAAUGGCAUCUGUUGGGCUUCAGCUUUUGGCCACUGUCCUGGCGAUCAUCGGCUGGUUGGGUGAAAUCGUCAUUUGCGCGCUCCCCAUGUGGAAGGUGACGGCUUUCAUUGGCAACAACAUCGUGACUGCGCAGAUCUUCUGGGAAGGCCUCUGGAUGAACUGCGUGCAGCAAAGCACAGGUCAGAUGCAGUGCAAGGUCUACGACUCCAUGCUGGCUCUACCUCAAGACCUCCAGGCCGCCCGAGCUCUCGUGGUCAUCUCCAUAAUCGUCACUUUUAUGGGUGUCUUCCUGACUAUCGCUGGAGGAAAGUGCACCAAUUGCAUUGAGGACCGAGACGCGAAGGCCAAAGUCGUGGUCGCCGCUGGAGUGUUCUUCCUGGUCGGUGGAAUUCUAUGCUUGAUCCCGGUGUGCUGGUCCGCGAACUCCGUCAUCAAGGACUUCUACAACCCAACUCUGUCCGAUGCUCAGAAACGGGACAUUUUCACAAUGGCGUCCCUCGGCAUGCACAUGCUGGCGAGCGCUUUGGCUCUAAUGGGAUGGACCGCAGCCCUCCUGUGCUGCAUCCUGCCAAUGUGGCGAGUGACGGCCUUCAUCGGAACCACCAUCGUCACCUCAGAGAUCAUGUGGGAAGGCAUCUGGAUGAGCUGCGUGGUACAAAGCACAGGCCAAAUCCAGUGCAAGCCAUACGAAUCCACGCUCGCUCUGGAUGUGAAUCUGCAGGCUUCUCGGGCCCUCAUGGUUAUGUCCGUCAUUGUGGGAGCUGUGGGCCUCAUUUUGACCUUCAUUGGAGGAAAGUGCACCAUUUUUCUGAUCCGAUCUGAAAGAUCCAAAACGAAGAUGGUCACAGCGGCUGGUGCCAUUUUAAUCAUUGCAGGAAUUCUCUGUUUGAUCCCACCCUCAUGGUCGGCUGGCAUGGUGGUAAAGGCGUUUUACAAUCCACAGCUAGCAGAUCCACAGCGCAGGGAGCUUGGAGGGGCCAUUUAUCUUGGUUGGGGGGGAGCCAUCGUCCUCAUAUUGAGUGGAGGAAUCCUUUGCACCUCCAAAUGUAAAGACAAACCAGAGGAUGACACCGGUCCUUCGGUGAAGUAUCUGGUCGUGCGAUCUUCGCAGGCAGGAUCCAGCAGGCCGGGCUCUCAAAGGAUGCAUCCCAUCUCUGUGAGGUCACUCCAGAGUGGUGCCCCAUCUGUGAGGUCCCAGUGGAGUCAGAAAGCCCCUUUUAUUCAGGGCAGACCUCAGUCUGUAGGCUCCAACCAAAGCAGACCAACACCUACAAAGUCACAGCUUGCCAGUUUUGAAUCAAUGCCAGUGUCUGAGCAGGACGAGGGGAUGUCAACAAAGUCCCAGCUGAUUCAUAAUGGUUUCAUACACUGACCAACUCAACAAGAGAGAUGCUCCACGGGCAUACAUUACAUUUGAUUGUGGAGACUGCAAAAAGUAUGCAGAUCAAGGGACUUGCACUUGGACAGUCAUAUAUCUGCCAUUGCACUAUGAAUUAUUGCUAUUAUUGAUAAAAUGAAGGAUUGUAAUGAAGGCUGAAAUUAUUACUUGUUGAUUAUGAAGCAUUUUUGAAGAAGUGGAGGCACUUUAGGAGUUGUUUGGGGUGAAAGGGAACUGACUGAAGUGAUUUGCACUGAACUACACUCAAACUUCAGGAGCCAAGAUUAUUGUUGUUGCUAUUAUAGUGCAUUUUUAAAAGUAUGUGUGUACACUUACUCUAAGUAAUUUAUAUUCUUCAUUGUGUGUCGUAUCUAAACCUCAUAUUACCUACAUACACAAUUUAACGAACAAUAUGGCCAUCAGUAAGCUACUUAAAAAAGCCUGUUCUUAUCUGUAACAUAAAAAAGCUUAUGCCUCUUUAACAAACAUAAGGAAAUUUGUCAGUUUCAUUCAAAUCACAUGUUUUGCUUCCUGUUAGGAAACUAAAAUGAACACAUUUCUGUUGUAUGAAGCACUGCUAUGACCUUGCUAACACAGGUGGUCUUUCACAGACGGACAAUGGUUGGUUCAGAUUUUAUAAGGGAGGGAAAAGUACACUCUCUUCUUUGUUAGCCUUUCUUCUACGUCAAUUCGAGCCCUCAGUGAAACGGCAGAUCCAGGCCAAACCGGUUCAACAGAGAGUAUCACCUCGUGAAAGCGCUUUGCAUUUUGUCACUACAAAGAGCAUUUAAAAAGAGUUCAAUGGAGUGUGCUGUAAUGAGGCUACUUGUGUAGACAAAAACUAGAAAACUUUGUUAAUUUUUUACAGUUUUGCUAAAUGUAAAUUGAAUCAGCUACAAAAGUUUCUGAAUUCAGCACUUCCUGAAUACCCUCACGUAUGCCCUGAUAAUGUCUGUUUAGUCAAAACACUGUGAUGCUGCAUGUUUCAAAGUUUCCUGAAAUAAAUGCAAACUAAUAAAGGAUUUUUAA